UGCACAGAAGUCGCGCUCGGGCAGCCCGCGCGCUUGCAGCAGGAACCAGGCUCCAGGCGCUGGCGCCGGGGCCGCGGGGAGGAGGCGACUUCGCUCCCUGCGGCGGGCGCCCCGAGCCUCUCGGUCCCGGAGAACGGGCGGCGGCAGCGGCCUCCCCGGCGCGGCCGUACUGGACGCUCCGCAACUCGCAGAGGCCGCCUAGCAGCCCUCGGGAGAAGAGGCCCCGCGAUCGAUGAGUUUGCUUUGGGAGGUGGUGACCAGGUGAGACAGGAGGCCAACAUGGGUCAGAAGGUCACUGGAGGGAUCAAGACUGUGGACAUGAGGGACCCCACGUACCGGCCCUUGAAGCAGGCUCUCCAGGGCCUGGACUACUGCAAGCCCACCCGCCUGGACCUGCUGCUGGACAUGCCCCCCGUGUCCUACGAUGUCCAGCUGCUCCACUCAUGGAACAACAAUGACCGCUCACUCAACGUCUUCGUGAAGGAGGAUGACAAGCUGAUCUUUCACCGGCAUCCGGUGGCCCAGAGCACGGACGCCAUCAGGGGCAAAGUCGGGUACACGCGGGGGCUGCACGUGUGGCAGAUCACAUGGGCCAUGAGGCAGCGGGGCACGCACGCUGUGGUGGGUGUGGCGACAGCCGAUGCCCCCCUGCACUCUGUCGGGUACACGACCCUCGUGGGGAACAACCACGAGUCCUGGGGCUGGGACUUGGGGCGCAACCGGCUCUACCACGACGGCAAGAACCAGCCGAGCAAAACAUACCCAGCCUUCCUGGAGCCGGAUGAGACGUUCAUUGUCCCCGACUCUUUCCUGGUGGCCCUGGACAUGGACGAUGGGACCCUGAGCUUCAUUGUGGAUGGACAGUACAUGGGAGUGGCUUUUCGGGGACUCAAGGGCAAAAAACUGUAUCCUGUUGUGAGUGCCGUCUGGGGCCACUGUGAGAUCCGCAUGCGCUACUUGAAUGGACUCGACCCCGAGCCCGUGCCGCUCAUGGAUCUCUGCCGCCGCGCCGUGCGCCUGGCCCUGGGGAAGGAGCGACUGGGGGACAUCCACGCGCUGCCGCUGCCCGCCUCCCUCAAGGCCUACCUCCUCUACCAGUGACGCUCCACCCAAGACCCCAGCACGACAGCCACCUGGUGCCAACUCACCGAGCCUCCGCCGCACCUGCACCUUGGAUGGGCGUCUGCUGCCGGGGGAGGAAGGCCCUGGUCCUCCUCCUCGUCCUCCUGGCUGCCCUUCGGGACACAGGCGUGCACAGCUCUGGACACAGGCUCCUCCGUUCCCCUGCCCUGCCUUGGCGGAAGGUCCCUGCACGCUGCACCACCACCCCUCCUUGGAAGAAGACACAGCAGGCUCCUAGGAAGCUCGGCCCUGAGUGCCCACCUGCUCUUAUGGGCGCACGGGUCGCCUCCACCUGCCGGGUCCCAGGGCGGGGCCGGCGAGAGGGGUCCUGGCACCGAGAGCAGACCCCAGGGGUGCCCACAGGUGCUUAGACCAGGGGUCAUGUCCCGGCAACCAAGCUCAGGACGUCGGAAAUGCACCAGAACACCCAGGCAGCCACCAGAAGUGGACCUUCCGUGGGCUGAACACUCAGCAUCAGUCCUGGCUGCCGGCACCCCCAGACCCUGUAUUUAUUCUCUGAACAAUAAGAAAAGCCAUUUAUUUAUUCCAUGUAGAAAGGGACCUUGUUUUGGUCACCUCUGGAGUGUCCUCUUGCUUUUCCUCCACCUGCCGCUCCCCGGCAUGUGUGUCUCACCUGUCCUGCUCGCUGGGCUGUGUCUGUGGCAUAUCCCCGUGUCGGCACAGGUAUCUUUGUUUGGGUCGCUUGACCUACAGUUUCCAGGGGGCUCUGCUCCGAGUCCCUGAGCGGGUCCCCCGGGGAGUGUCAGCCUCCAGUGCAGGAUGGGUGCCUUCGGAGUCACAGCUGCACAGCUGUGGCAGCUCCCAUAUCUCCACCCAGUUCCUUACACUCGGGCUCAUCCAUCUCUGCACGUGGUUUUAUUUCCGUAGUCUUCCGUGGCUUCUAGGGGUGGGUUAGGUUUUGCUUUCACCUUCCUGGCUGAGAGUCCCCACUUGCGUCCCACAGGACCACCGCACCGAGACCGGAGGGGGUGUGGGUCUCCACCCUGAGCAGCCAAGAGCAGGGUGGGAUGAGGGAGACCAGAGCGGGGGUGCGCCUCACGGGAGCCCACGCAAGUCGCGGCUUAGCGCCCGUUCACCGUUCACCGCAGGCUAGAGGGGCGGGGCGGGGUGGGGCACGGCGCUCAGCAGGAGAGGGAGCCCCUCUCUGCCGCGGCCCCCCCACGUAGCAGCCCCCAGCCCCUGCCACCCCGUUUGCCAUUUCUUUAUCUCGAAGUCACCUCCCUUAGAGCCUGACUUUGGUUCAUUUCUGUACAGGUACAAUAGAUAAUUUUAUUUGUUUAAAAUGUUUAAUAUAUAUGCAUAUAUAUUUGUCCGUAAGAAUUAUGUUUUAAACAGCUGCUGUAGGGUACCUUUAAAAAAAAAAAAAAGUCUUCCAGUGGAAUAUAUUUUUUAAAGCACAAACUUGGUGCCAAGACUGGGUGAGGAAUGUAAAUUACCCCCUUAUUAUUGUGAGGGUUUUGGGGGUUUUUUCCAGGCAUGGGAACCUUACCUGUAAGACUUUUCAAGAUUUCCCCUCACUCCUGGUUCAGGGCGGGUCCUGUUCUGACGAACGUUGCACACGAGCGAGUUUCCCUUACACAGAUCCAGCCUUACCGCCUUGACCCAGCCCCUCCCGCGGCCGUGGGCCUCGCGGGGCUUGUGGCCAUCUCUCUGCAGCCCCACCCCCAGCACCCGGCUCAAGCCCACCCUUCUCUCCUCUCAGCCCAGCGCCCUCUGGCCUGUACAGUUUCGAAACUCCCAUUCUAUUUUAUGAUGGUUGAUAAUAGUCAGUAACAUAAUA